AUGGCCGCAUCUCAUAAUAUUCUAGAGAGCUCAUUGAAAGCCCAAGAAAAUGUUCAACGCAUAGACUUGGGAAAGAAAGAUGUCAAACCCCGCGAAUCAUCUCUAAGUGAAGUAGAAAAUUUCGAUCAAAUGUCACAUUACUUGCGAUCUCCAACACCUCAGUCAAGCUCUAGUAUGGAACAGACAUUGCCAAUUGCUACAGCCACACCGCUAAAUUAUCGAGAAUUUGAUGUGCCGCUCCCGCUUGUAUCACACGUACGAAACGUUUACACUGAAAAAAUUGAGGGCAGCCGGAACUUACUCGAAUUGAUAUCAAAAGAUAAAACUGUUUCUCCUGAAGCUCUUACAGAAAUAGACCAUUUAAUAGACUACCUUCGUAAGCUCUGUGAUCACUUAAAACCUUCACUGGAUGAUCUGUCUUCAAAUACUCUGGACUUAGCUGUAUAUCAAGCAAAGUACGCAGAAAAUGUCAGCACCAAGUUUAUAUUUUUAUCUGAAUUUUUAAGCCACAUUAAAUCGCAAGAUAGACAUAUAAUUGUCCUUAUCAGUGAAAUAGAACUGAUGGAAGUUAUUGAGGUUUUUUUGAGAGCACAUAAUUUUUCUUACAGCCGUGCUGAUCGUCCAGCCUUGGUUUCAGAUUGCUCUGGAGACUGUAGAAUAAAAGUAACUAUUUUACUAAGUUCUGAACGAUCUUACCAGAUAAAAACAGCCGAUAUCAUAAUUGCCUUUGAUUCUAGUUAUUCCCGUAUCGCACAUCUCGCAAAAUUAAAAAGUGGUGCCGACACUUCAAAUUUAUCAGUAUCUGUUAUACACUUAGUAAUCACACAUUCAAUACAGCAUUUAGAAAGAGAAUUACAAACCUUGACUAAAGAUACUGCUGGAAAAAUACAACUUUUUAAACUCAUUCACACUGCCGCGGAUAAGGUUGGAAUUAUUCCCAAAAAUUAUCAAGAGCCUCCAGGUGCAGCUAAAGCAGUAGCACAGUUUUAUAUCCAAGGGGAAGUUCAAGGCUCUUGGCCACUAGGUUCGUUGCCAGAUUUAGAUGAAAAUAUAAAGCAUUUUCAGAAAGAUCAAACAUCAAUAUUAUACGGAUCUUCCGAAGAGCUUCAACACAUGAAAAGUGAGCUCCAUUCAAUAAAUCCAGCCUCUUUAAAACGAUAUUCGAAAGAUGAAAACUCUAGAUUCUCUGACUUUUCAAAACGUCAGAAAACUGAGUAUUCUAAUGACAGAUCGCCAAAAAACCAAUUUACAAACGAUAAAUCACAGAAAACAACUCAUAAGCCAUCUCUCGAAGAAGAUGAAAGUAAAUGUCCUGAGAUUAAAUCCGACUCAUCAAUUCAGAACAUCGUGGGUGGGUUGGAAAAUCAGAUCUCGUUAAAAAAAAAGUUAAAUUCCAUCAAAAUUCAACUCCGGGAUCUGGAGGAAGUAGAGGUAGAGUUGCGCCAAAUCAAUAAAGAUUUGGAAUCCCGAUACCUUGAUCUAGAAGAAAGUAUAAGGCUAAUUCAACCCAAAUAUCAAGAAGCUAUUGCUGAGCGUGGUCUUUACGAAAAUGAGAAAAAUCUCGCGCUGAUUCGAGAAGCCAAUUUAAGACGUACACUUCUUGAUAGAGAAUCAACAUUAGUUCAAGUUAAGAAGGAGAAAGAAGAAACUGAUAAAGAGCUGAAGAAUGUGCGAGAAGCACUUUUGGGCUCGUGCAUACCGGAAUUGCAUGAAUUAGAAAAGAUGCGAAUAGAGAUCUCGCGUCUCAAGGCUGAGAAUGACCUACUUAAUAAGCAAAAAAGGAUUAACCAAACAGACUUUGAUUACAUGCAAAGCAAUUACCAGGAAGCUUCAACCUCUGCUGCUGCUGCACAAACUGAGCUCCGUGUAUUGCAGGGGGAUCUAGAGGCCUUGAAGAUAAAAGCCGGUGAUAAUGCAGUAAAGAUACAUCAGAUUCAACAUGAUAAUACUAUUAGAGAAUUUCAGUUCAUAAUUAGAGGUUUGAGGUCUGAGAAAGCUGUUCUCCAGCGCCAGGUUGAAAGAAUAACCGACCAGUAUAAUAUUGCCGUGAGUGGACGCCCUAAUACUCGGAGUACUAGUAUACCACGUAGCCCGCGGCCAGGAGGCGAUGUGGCAAGCCCUCGUCCGGUGGGAAGAAUAAUUAAUAGCCAUAGUAACACUAGCGCUAUAGUUGGGGGCAUUAGUAGGGGUAGUAGCCCAGUACCUGUAGAAUUUGGUGCGGGCUAUCGAAACGUAGUUGCUUCACAUGGGGAGAGAUCAAGGGGUAACACACCACAGCGAACAGACAAUAUAUAUUUUAAGAGAGCAGGUAAUAAGCUACGUUAA